UGGACGCCGUCGUCCUGCCCUCAGCACGGGAAGACACAGGACUACCUCUGCGCCGACUGCGAGGAGCUCGUCUGCUUUACCUGCACCAGGGGCGCCCACGCCCCCCACAGCAUCGAGCUUCUGGACGACCUGAUCUCUGGGGCAGAGUGUGACGGUAGGGCCAGGGUAAAAAUACGGACCACGAUACAAUGCAGGCUUGGGCGCGUGAAUAAUUUGGUCUCAACCACCAGCGAGAUCUCCAAGUUGCUCAACGAACUGACUAACCUUAAGUCCGGGUUCGAUGGAUGGAAAGAUUCGUUGCUCGCUCAGAAAAUUGCCGCGGAGCAAGAUUUGGAGACCUGGGAUCAACCGGUUGUUAAUGGGAACAGGAAACAUGAGUACGUGGAGAUUAUAAAGCGUUUAAAAUACAAACCAGAGGAAGAUGUGAACUUACCUGAAAUGAACGAAAAGUUGGAUAUACUUGGCAAUAAAUGCAAUACUCUGAAGGAGUUGAUCGCAAGACAGACGACUACCACUCCCCACCCAGUGCUGGACACCACAACACCCAGCGGGAUGGGGGAGGCCGCACCCCCAGUGCAGAGCACCUCAACACCCAGCGCGAAAGUUCACUACACCCCCAGAGUUCUUCGGAAACAGAACUUCGUGCGUAACCUCUUGCCGAAUGGCAAACCGUGGACAGUCACUAACUAUGAUGAAGGAGAAAGAGUUAUCGCUAGCCUGUCCAACAACAGGAAGCCCAGUCAUCUCAUAGUUUUGUCUCUUCACACCAGCCCCCUCCAGCGGCCGAAGGAGCUCAUCACAGGACUCACUGACAAUGUCGCCGGGGACAUCACAUUUUUGCCUCUGGACUCCUUCUGGAAGCCGUCAGCACAGAGGGAUAGCGACCUGGAUGCAAUCAUCAACCAGUUUGGGCCUCGGCUUAGUGCCGUCUACGGCUCUCCCGCCCAAGUGCUCGCCUACAUGGGCGUUCGGUGUCAGGAGCCGCGGAGGUUCGGCGUGCGGGUGGCCAGCUUGGAGGACGCCGUGCGGUGCGCAGCUUUGCCACUACGAGCUGAUGAUGUCUGCUUCGUGCGAGAAGCACCGGCCCGCGUUGGCACUGACCUGAAGAAUCUCGGGUGGAGGAACAUUACCCGCUGCCAUUUACCCGACCUGGGUGACGGUGAUUUGGACUGGGUGUCCAACAUACUUCACCCUUUCAGAGACAGCAGCCUGGCCCUGGGCUACAUAAAUGUUCUGUCGCAGUCCAGCCGAGGAGACGCUAACAGGACUUUCAACUUUCCUCUGAUCCAGCCUCUGGUGAAUCUGGACUGCAACACGACCAACGACUACCAGAACCUCGCCUACUCUGUUGUAACAACAGGAUGA